UUUCCCAAAGUUCUAUAUAUUGGCCCCUACCCCCUCCCAUUUUUCUCACUCAACUGCCUCGCAUUUCCUCUCUCACACUCUUACUUUUGAAGAUUCAGUCUCCAUGAAAAUGGCUCUCGCAGGGUUUUUCUUGGUCGGUUUUCUUGCAAUGGUCUCAUCCGUUCAUGGGUAUGGUGGCGGAUGGGUUAACGCUCAUGCCACCUUCUACGGUGGGGGUGACGCUUCCGGGACAAUGGGCGGAGCUUGUGGGUAUGGGAACCUGUAUAGCCAAGGGUAUGGGACGAACACUGCAGCUCUGAGCACUGCUCUGUUCAACAAUGGUUUGAGCUGCGGGUCUUGCUACGAGAUCAAGUGCGUGGGUGACCCCAAAUGGUGCCUGCCAGGCUCCAUUCUCAUCACAGCCACCAAUUUCUGCCCACCAAACAAUGCUCUCCCUAACAAUGCAGGGGGUUGGUGCAACCCUCCUCAGCACCACUUUGAUCUUUCUCAGCCUGUCUUCCAGCACAUUGCCCAAUACAGAGCUGGAAUCGUGCCUGUCGCUUACAGAAGGGUAGCAUGCAGGAGAAGGGGAGGCAUAAGGUUCACCAUCAACGGCCAUUCCUACUUCAACCUAGUCCUCGUCACAAACGUGGGUGGUGCUGGUGACGUACAUAGCGUUGCCAUCAAAGGUGCCAGAACAGGGUGGCAGGCAAUGUCAAGGAACUGGGGCCAAAACUGGCAGAGCAACACCUAUCUCAACGGCCAGAGCCUGUCAUUCAAGGUCACCACAAGCGACGGCCGUAGCCUGGUCUCCAACAAUGUCGCCCCAUCAGGGUGGUCCUUCGGUCAGACCUACAGCGGUGCUCAAUUCCGCUAGACACAGGAGAUCCCAACCCAUCCACGUGGUGGGGGCCUCCCCUCUAUAUUUUUAGACGUAGUUUGGUAGCUUAGGGUUAUAUUUUUAAUCUAUAAUAUAAUAUAAUAUACUAAGUACUUACGACUCUCCUCUUGGUAUGCUAGGGAUUAUUAGAUUUAGUGUACUACAUCUACGGGGUCCGUCCAAAAUGUGAAGGGCUUAUUUUAAAAUGGCCCUUCAUCAUUUUAACCAUAUUGUAUUGUAUUUUUCCUUCUGUUGUGAGGCAGAAGUUGGCCGAGGUGGACUGUCACCACCCGCCACUACUAUUUCAAUACUUCUUUUUUGGAAUUUUUAGGAUCAUUUUUCCUUUUUAUUAUCUCAAUUAAUGUAAUCAGCUUUUGCUGAUGACUAUAUUUUAUAUAUGGUCCUUGCUUGUAAUGUUUGAACUUUGAUGGGGUUUUGGAGAUUAUCAACUCUAAAUUUCCAAUUUCCCACUAGUAAUGAGAAGAGUGUUUUAUUUUA